GUCGUUGAAACAGAAGGCAGGCACAUUCGAAAGGACUUAACGUUUAGACCGUGCCCACAUUUUUGUCCUGUUCCUAUUCGAAGCUUCAUUAUAUCAGAUUCUGGUCCCGAUUAUCAGAUUGUCUUAACCUCACUUGACGAUGGCUGACUUAGAUAUUAGUGAGCUUGGUAUAUCGAAGAAUUUACUCCAAAUGAAUUUUAUGCGACGAACUCUCGUAGCCAAGGAGAAGGCUACUAAUCAAAGUGCCCCAGACAUCCUUCCUAAUUCACAAGAGUAUGGAUUUAAACUCCCUUCUUCUGUAGAAAAGCAUAUCAACAAAAGAGCUACCAUCCUUAAGUCGAAAUAUCGUUAUCAGUUUGUUAAAAGUAUUUUUAAGCUCUACAAUGUAUCACCUGGGUUUCGAGAAAGUUUCGGUGGCUUUAAUUCUUCUACUAACGCCAACGCCAUUCCUCAAUCUCUGGUUAAAAACUUACCCGAUUCUCGUUUGCCCAAUCGAGUCAACUCUGUUUGUGAAUAUUCGCAAUCAUCUGAAUGCCGGGCAUCAAAAACAAGUAUCCGUUUCAAAAGAUUUGAAGAACGCAAACCAUCGAAGUUCAAAAACCCAAAACAUCAAAGAGAAAAAAAGAAAAAGCUGUAAUUGAAAAUUAUUUGCUUUAUGUACAAAAGUAUUCAAAUAGUUUUAUGUUUUGUUCUAA